AUGCCAGUUAAUCAGUUCAGAGUAAUUGUUGGAUCGUAUGAACACAACUUACUGUGUUUGUCGUUAGAUUUAUCACUUUCUGAACCUCUUUUUACGCCAAUCUUUCAUUUUCAAGCUCAUUCAUUGAGUGUAAAAUGCUUAGACAUUUCAGGAAGGUACUUAGUAUCUGGAUCAAAUGAUGAACACAUAAGAAUUUACGAUUUGCAAAAGAGGAAAGAAUUGGGUACUUUAUUGAGCCACCAGGGUUCUAUCACAGGCCUGAAAUUUUCAAGAAAAUCAGAAAAGUCAGAGGUUCAAGAUGAAUCUGAAGCUGAAAAGAAACAUAGCAAUAGUAAAUGGCUUCUGUCUUCAUCUGAGGAUCAUAGAAUAGUUAUUUGGCGAGUCAAGGAUUGGGAGAACUUUGGAAUCUUAAAGGGUCACACUGCAAGGAUCAACGAUUUUGAUAUCCACCCUUCAAACAGAGUUGCAAUUAGUGUUAGCGAAGAUCAUACCAUUCGGUUGUGGAAUUUAAUGACAGUUAAAAAAGCUGGUGUUUUGAAGCUUAAAAAGUACAAUCAAAAUGGGCAAUAUGUUAGAUGGUGUGGUGACAACGGUAGCUUUUUCGCCGUGGCUCUUCUGAACAAGUUACUACUUUACAAGACUUCAACCGCCAAGGUUCAUUGUGAAAUUGAAAUAGGUAGGUUGACAAUCAUGCAUCUAGAAGUUCAAAAUAUUGGUGACAAAGAAUACAUCUGUGUUGGUUUGAGUGAUGGAUCAGUGAGAUUUUAUGCGGGUGAAAGCAUGUACGUAGACGAGGCACUUGAAAAUCAAGUGGAACAUGAGUUUGAAUUACGUGGUCACAGUAACCGUGUGAAAGAUUUCAAGUUCUACACUAAUGGUGAUGCUCUUUACUUGGUGACAAUUGGAUCCGACGGAAAGGUGGUGGUUUGGAAUACUGGCGCAAAAGAACAAGUUGCAGUUUACGACUGUGGAGAAAGAUUAAAUUGCCUUGCUGUUUGUGAUGAAAGUGUGGAAAAGCAAGAAACCAUGAGGAAGAGAGAUGCUGAAAAAGCAGAAAUUGAUGAACAAAGUGAAGUUGAAGAAGAUCCUGAAGCUCUGAGAAAGGUUUUAUUAGGCUCGAAGACAAAGAAAAAGAAGAGCAAGCGCUCCAAAAAAAAGGUAGAUAUUCAAUUAGAAUAA